CACAACGGAGAGCAAUGUGGAGCCGGAGAACCGCUGGAUCUCUCCACACACGCUGACCGACCAUGGUCGGUGCUCGCAGCCGGUGCUCGCAGCCGGUGCAGACGGCCCGGACGCCGCCCCCCCGCGGAGAAGAACCGUCUGGGGACGCGGCAGCAUCUCUGCGGGAGCUGCCGCGAUGGAUGCGGCUGUACUUGUACGGGAUGCACGGCGUGACUCUGGACGUGUUGCUGUCCUCGCUGCACGGGGUCUCGAACCAUCGGGACCCCAAACUGCUGGGCUUCUCCUCCCCGUAUCUGUGCGUGGUGCACGCACUGAGCCACUUCGCGCUGGAGAAGGUGUACACGCAGAAGAGGUGUUUCCGAGGUCGGCCUGUGGUGUUUCAUCUGGUCUUCUAUCCGUCCAUCUACAUCGGGCUGCAGAUCCUCAUCGGCCACAUGAGCGCGCUGACCGAGCAGGUGAGGGUGGAGUCCGGGACGCAGCUGGCGGUGCACUACGUCCUGAGUCUCUACUUCACCCAGGUGUUCCACGGAGGGGUGUCCAGGCUGCGGUACCGCUCCUCCGGCACCGCCGACCUCCUGAGCCCGGGGGACAGGGGGGACGCACGGGCCCAUGCGCCCCAGGGUCUCCCCGGCUUUGCGCGCUUCUUCUUCUUCGGGAUGCAGGGCUUUCUGGACGAGGUGCUCUUCACCUCCAUGUUCAACCUGGUGGAGAAGUCGGACCGGACCCUGAGCGGCCACACGUCCCUGUGGUCCUUCCUGAUGUACGGCAGCUGCAGCUUCGUGGUGGAGAAGCUCUACCUGCACCUGCACUUCAGCAGAGGGUGGAGGACGUGGCAGCGGCUCCCCAUCUACAUCUGCUUCAUCUACACCUGGGAGUUCUGCUGGGGCCUGGUCCUCAGGCAGUUCGACGCCUGCUCCUGGGACUACUCCCACUACCCCCACAACUUCAUGGGGCUCAUCACCCUGCUCUACCUGCCCGGCUGGGUCUGCCUCAGUCUGUACCAGGACGUCCUGUCCAAUAUCCUGCUGAGGGUCAAAGUGUGCACCAAAGAUGGGAUUGACUUGGGUGAGGAGAGCAAAGAGGUCAACGGACAGCUGGACUCCAAGAAAAAAAUACUUUAAAUUUUGUCUUUUAGAAGUUUUAAAUCUUACAUGUGAACGGAUGAACAAUUAUUUAUUCUAAGAGAAAGUGAACAGGGCUUAUAUUUAUUACUAAAAACUAAUUUAAUGAGAAAAAAAGUUUAGGUAAAGUAUAUCAUAAUGUGGGACCCGGCCUGGCGGUCAACUCAAACCAUUGGUUGCAUUUAUGCCCACAUGUCUUUAAAGCUGGUUUCAGACAUGCGUUGAACUCUGGUCAUCCUCUGGAGCGGCUCUAUUUGAAAUAUCUUUGGGUGAAGAAGUGGAGCCACACACGUAGCAGACACAGACAAAGAUGUCAAGAAGGCAGACAUCCUCCAGAGUUCUUGUCUGAAAACAGCUUAAGAUACUUUCAGGCUGGAGGCAACAUGUGUUACCAUGACAACAGAUGCUGAGAUUCGGGAAUGAGGACAAAUAUGAGGAUGAGAUUUAAAACCUGAUAUUUCUGGAUCCAUUUCUGAGGAUAAAAACACUAGGAGCUUAUAUGGAGUUUGUAACAUGUUUAAAAUCACUUUACUGCCAUUUUUACCUGUCUGACGUGACCUGUAGUUUUAAUAUUAAGCUAUUUUAAGAUUUCACGACUUUGAAAGUGUGAAUAUUAGGGUUUUGUAAAAUAACUGCAGUGGUAGACUAGCUUGGGUCAGAUUAUAUGCACGCAUGGCAUGCUUUUACUGUAGCUGAAACCUGCAUGCUAAAACACAAAGAAGUAGAAAUACACUUUUUCCAGGUUUAUAAUUAAAUUUUCUCAAAGACUCACAUAUUACCACCUAAAAUUCAGUAUUUAAAGAUUCUAAAACAAAAAGAGCCAUUUGCCCGAUUUUCUUUUAUUCAAAUAGUGGGUUUUAUUAAUUGUUUUAUGAGUGUAUUAGAGUAAUGCAUGGCAACUAAUAGCACAUAGAGAUAAACCCAGUGACGUAUGUAGCAAGAGAAAACCUGUAGCUGAGCGCAGACGAGGAGCUGAGUGAGAUUUUACUGUGAAUCUUUCAUGAACCAAACGUGACUUUGCUGCAGUGCCUUCCUCUGCAAACUGAGUCCGCCGCACUCAGACUAACUAAGUGUCUCACAGGUCUCCAUCUGUUCCAUAGUUUUUCCUGUUUCUAAUGAAAAGAGCAUGAAAUAACCAAUGAUAAUACAAGUGAUGUUUAAAGUUAAAGAUUGCUACGUCUUUAAACCUCACUUAAGAGUUUUUUUAUGGGUCCGAGCUUAAUCGAGUAAUCAAAUUAAUGCCGAAGCACUUUGACUGAGCAAUUUUAUCUCCAACUGAUGGAUUUCUACAUUUCAUAUAAUAUCUGUAAAUCAGCUUCAGAGCUGACUUUUAAAUCUAUCUCACAGAGGAAAACAUUUAAUACAAAUAUAUUUAUCAACUUAUCUUGAAGUAAAUAUGAACCGUAAGCUCAGAGGGAACACAUUUAAACUGAAGACUGCAGCAGUUUGGCUUUACAGUGGUUUUAAAGUCUAAUGAGCACUGUGAAUAAACAUAAUCUUGUCAUGUAUGAAGCUGCCUUUCAAUACAUUUCUGUAAAUUAAGUUCACUUUAUUCAACUCCUACUGUAAGUCAUUUGUAUUGAAUUGCUUUAGGAAUGUCUUAACAUUUUCCUAAUCUUGAAGGUUUUUGAUUUGCCUUAUAAAGUUGUUUUGAGAGUUUGAUAAUCCAUCUGUCAUAAGAUAUUUCAUUUCAGUGCAAAAUAAAAGAUCUAUGGCCUUGUACACUCUGGAAUGUCAUUGAAAACGACCAGACAAUCAAUGAAAUGUCUUAGAAUUAUUCACUUUGGAUUUUACAAUGAAUUUUUAUCUGUUAACACUGGCUUUCUCGUCACACGAGCGUGUGACAUUGACCUUUAUAUAUCCUAAAGAUUUCAAAUGGUCAAAUAACAAUUUAUUUCUGUGUUGUGUUAUUCACAGAUUUACAAAAAAAAUGCUUUUAGAAAAGUUUGGAAUAAAAAUGAAAAGUAGAGAUGGCUGACU